AGGCGCUGGGGAGCGGCCCCUUCGCCUCCAAGCUGACCCUGUGGUGGGCAGUGUCGUCAGGGCGGCGCUGCGGAGACCUCCACUCAGGACGGCUCCCCCUCCCCGGGCCUCUCCCCUCUUACCCGCGAGUCCCCUCACCUCGUGGGCCUAUCGGAUCUGAUAUUGUGGGGUGAGGUGAGAGCAGGCCCGGGGAGGGUGGUUACCGCUGAAGAGCCGUAGUCGCGGUCAAGAUGAUAGAGGUACUGACAACAACUGACUCUCAGAAACUGCUACACCAGCUGAAUGCCCUGUUGGAACAGGAGUCGAGAUGUCAGCCAAAGGUCUGCGGCUUGAGACUAAUUGAAUCUGCACACGAUAAUGGCCUCAGAAUGACUGCAAGGCUAAGGGACUUUGAAGUAAAAGAUCUUCUUAGUCUAACUCAGUUCUUUGGCUUCGACACGGAGACAUUUUCUCUAGCUGUGAAUUUACUGGAUAGAUUCCUGUCCAAAAUGAAGGUACAGCCCAAGCACCUUGGGUGUGUUGGGCUGAGCUGCUUCUAUUUGGCUGUUAAAUCAAUAGAAGAGGAAAGGAAUGUCCCAUUGGCAACUGACUUGAUCCGAAUAAGCCAGUAUAGGUUCACGGUUUCAGAUUUGAUGAGAAUGGAAAAGAUUGUUUUGGAGAAGGUGUGUUGGAAAGUCAAAGCUACUACUGCCUUUCAGUUUCUGCAACUCUACUAUUCACUCAUUCAAGAGAACUUACCAAUUGAAAGGAGGAAUAGCCUUAAUUUUGAAAGACUAGAAGCUCAACUUAAGGCAUGCCACUGCAGGAUCAUAUUUUCUAAAGCAAAGCCUUCUGUGUUGGCAUUGUCUAUCAUUGCACUGGAGAUCCAAGCACAGAAGUGUGUAGAGUUAACAGAAGGAAUAGAAUGUCUUCAGACACAUUCCAAGAUAAAUGGCAGAGAUUUGACCUUCUGGCAAGAACUUGUAUCCAAGUGUUUAACUGAAUAUUCAUCUAACAAGUGUUCCAAACCAAAUGUUCAGAAGUUGAAAUGGAUUGUUUCUGGACGUACUGCACGGCAAUUGAAGCAUAGUUACUACAGAAUAACCCACCUUCCGACAAUUCCCGAAAUGGUCCCUUAAUUGGAUUGUUACAGCAACAAAAAGCUCUUCUCUGAAGCCUUUCUCCACAAUCCUGAGCUAUGGAUUCCAUAAUGUUUUAACGGACUUAAGCUGUGAAGCCUCAGAACAUCACAACUAGAUUAGCAUUGAUGUUCUCAGAUUUGGCAAAACUACCUAAUUAAUAAGCUAUAGGGGAAUUAAAAUAAAUUUGAAUUCAUCUGUGAGGCAUAUAAUUCAAAGCUAAGAACAUAAAUGUGAAAUGUUAAUAACAAGCCUGGGAAGGUGAACUGUGAAUCUUCAUUUCUAACAUUGACCCAACCUUCUAUAUUGGGUCAGUAUAUUGUAUUUAGAUGGUAUUAAAAGUGGUAACCUAAUUAAAUUCUAAAUUAGGAGGUAGACAUCAAAACCAACAUUUCACAAAUACACUUUUAAGGCGUAACAAGGGUCACUAUUAGAGGCAGUGAAAAUGGUUUCUUGGUACCUGUAGUGCAAGUAAUAGAUAAUCCAGAGAUUGAACUUUAUUGAUAAAUGGGAAUUACACUUAAAUUUGAAGGCAUUUUAUAAAAGUAAAACUACAGGCCUAGUCAUUUUGGCAUACUAAGUUAUCUUUAAUAUUUUUUCUAAAAAACAGGUAAUGUUUGUAUCCAUGAUAGUAAUUACAUAAUAUCUACUUCCUCCAUCUAAUCCCAUCAAGAAAAUUUGUUUUUAUUGUGUUAGUUCAAAAUAACUUCACUCCAAAAAUUUGCUGAUUUAACACUCCAGAAGCUUUUACUAAGGGCUGUUUUUACAAAAACUGCUAUUGCUUCUAAUUUAGAAUUUUUAAAGGAAGAGAAUAUACUUUCACUAAUUGCCCCUCCUGUGCCAAAAGAAAGUCUUUAAAAAAGUAGUAAGCAUCUUCAUAAUUAUGAAGUUGCUAAGGUAGUAUUCAAGAUUUUCUAUUAAGUCAGUGACUAUAAGGAGAUCUACGGCAUUAAAAGUGUUGUAGACAGUUACUCAGUGCAGCAAGUAGCCUGAGUCCAUCCAUAAUGGCUGUACCCAGUUCUGACAUCAUGUUGUGGGUAAAUGUGCACUAGAAAAUAAACCAAAGAACCACAAUAUAUCUUAUACUUUUGUGAACUGUGUUUUGUGGAUAACUUCAGUUUUCCCAAAAGGCUGAUAUAUUUCAAUAAUUGACUACAUCAGUGUUAAUUUUGAGUUGGCAGAGGUAGCCUAACCAACUAUGUUUUGGUACUAAGCGAUAUACCUUUCAAUAAAGUCAUUGAAAUGCA